AGCUAGGUCUAUGGGUAGUUCCAGGUUUCUUGGUAGAGCUAGGUCUAUGGGUAGUUCCAGGUUUCUUGAUAGAGCUAGGUCUAUGGGUAGUUACAGGUUUCUUGGUAGAGCUAGGCCUAUGGGUGGUGACAAGUCUAUUUGGGGCGACAGUAGGAGGACGUUGUACACCUCCAGUAGGAGGAGGAGGACGUUUAGUACCUCCAGUAGGAGGAAGAGGACGUUGUACACCUCCAGUAGGAGGAGGAGGACGUUUAGAACUUUGUGCAGAGGUGGCGAGGACGUUUGCUAAUAAUAGCAAAAGAGCCACUGACAAUGAUUUAAACCUCAUUUUCGAAAGAUUCGUAAAGAGGAGAAACGGAAUUAAUGAUAGUAUGGGAGCUUGA